CGCCAUUAGAGGGAGGCGGAGAGGGAGUGCUCUUCGUCUUUCCUCGGGUGCCUGACGUGGUGGCGGGGGCCUUUCAUUUUCGGACUUCCCUCUGCCCUUCCAGGCUUCGCCCGGAGGCGGGAGUAGAGACAGUGCCUGGGGUUGGCGGGUCGGUGCGGAGGGGCCUGCGCCGGCCGCGGCUGUGAAGGCGCUGCGGCGGCUGUGGGGUGCUCGGCGCAGCUCUAGGGCUCGGGCGGCCGGGAAGCGGGAUGGCUGCGGCCGGCAGCAGCGGCGGGGCGGCGGCGGGCAGAGCCUACUCAUUCAAGGUGGUACUGCUGGGGGAAGGCUGCGUGGGGAAGACGUCGCUGGUGCUGCGCUACUGCGAGAACAAGUUCAACGACAAGCACAUCACCACUCUGCAGGCAUCAUUCUUAACGAAGAAGUUAAAUAUUGGUGGGAAAAGAGUAAACCUUGCUAUAUGGGAUACAGCAGGUCAAGAGAGAUUCCAUGCAUUGGGUCCAAUUUACUACAGAGAUUCAAAUGGAGCUAUUUUAGUUUAUGAUAUAACAGAUGAAGAUUCCUUUCAGAAGGUAAAAAACUGGGUCAAAGAAUUACGGAAAAUGUUGGGAAAUGAAAUCUGUUUAUGUAUAGUUGGUAAUAAAAUAGACCUGGAAAAGGAGAGACACGUUUCCAUUCAAGAAGCAGAAUCGUAUGCAGAAUCUGUGGGAGCAAAACAUUAUCAUACUUCAGCCAAACAGAACAAAGGAAUUGAGGAACUCUUUCUUGACCUUUGUAAAAGGAUGAUAGAAACAGCACAAGUGGAUGAGAGAGCAAAAGGCAAUGGCUCCAGUCAACCAGGAUCUGCAAGGCGAGGUGUACAGAUUAUUGAUGAUGAACCUCAAGCCCAGAGCGGUGGUGGAGGGUGCUGUUCUUCUGGAUAAUUGUUCACACUUAAGAAGUUAAACAAACUGUGGAUCAUUGCCCUCAACAUGAAGACUGCCAUAUUCCAAGUCACAUUAUUUUACCAAUGGAAUUAUAGAAUUAACAGUAUUUUAAAUUAUGUUUAUAACACUGCAGAGACCUUAAGUGCUAAACUUAGUGGAGUUUGUGACCAGAGAAUUGGCAUUUUUCUACAAAUGUUAACAAAGCAAUUACCAAUGGCCUUUUUACAUAUUUUUUUUCUUUAAUAGGGAAUAAUAUGCAUGUAGAAAAGACCUACUUAAAGGCUUCAUUUAUAUUCUUUUAAAUCAGAUCUUUAUUUAAUAACUUAUAUAUGUUGUUGGAAUGGUAUACAUUUUUGCAGCCCUUUGUAUUUUGUGGUAGUUUGAAUUGUAUCACUUCCAGAAAAUAGCAAACUGUUUUUGUUUCUUUUUUUCUUCAUUAGCAGAUACCUGAAGUACUAUUUUUGCAGGGUUUGCACAGGCCCCUUAACUGUCUACUACUUUGAUAUAAUCUAUAUACAACCUGUAUGCUGAGCUGGUAAAAUACAUUGUAAAAUUACAUAUUAAAUAUUUUAUCUGCUUUUACAAGCGCAAGGUGCAAAAAUAUAUACAAUAGUCUCAUUGAUGACUGUAAAGUGAAUUAACAUUUGGUGAUAAUGCCUAAGCUUUUUGACUCUGAUAUAAAGAUCAUAGCUCCCCUUCACUUUUGUCUUAACUUGAAAGUGGCGUGUUUAAAUUUUCACAUAUACUUUACUUGAAUUAUUGCUGUUGUCAUAUUUUUUGCCUCUGUAAGUCUUUCUGAUGAUUGAACAACAGCAUUUGCCUUUUGGUUUGUUGGGGUUUUUUUUGUUUUUUUGUUGUUUGGGGGGGAUUUUUUUGGGUAAAAGAGAUGAAUUCUGCUGAUUUUGCUUUGGAGUGGUUACCUUAGAAGUAUUUGAGUGGAGCAUGCUGAGUUUCACUUCUGCAAUGGUUUUAGUUUUCUCUCAGACUUUAUGUAAGGUGGGUUCACUGGCAUGAGAAGAGAGGAGGAGGUCCCAGAGAGUUGCCACUCGCCAAGACUCAUUCAUACAGCAUGUUAGUAGGUAGUUUAUUCUCCUGGGGCAGCACUGUUAAACCCUUUGUGAGCAAAUUGUAUUUGUUCAUUGCUUGCCGGAGACGAACACAGAAAAGUUUGUUCCAUUUUAUGAGUUGUCCUUCUGAGUUUCUGUGAAGGGAAACAUUUCAUGUAAUGUGGUUAUAGCGAACACUGGAAAGAUUUAUUAUAAAAUUUUAUUCUUGUAUACUUUGUAAAUUAGUCUCAUUAGAGGGUUUUUUUUUUCCUUAAGCAUAGGACUGAACUUAAAUUUGUUAAUUUUAAUAGAAUCAGACACUGCUCACAGAAGGAUCACAAAUUGUGGAGAUUAACAUAAAUUGUUCUUGUUCUAAUAUAUAUAUAUUUUUCCAUUUCUGUCAUGCUUGGAAAACUAGUAAAUGUUAUGUCUAAGAUAAAAUGGAAUGGUCCCUGGAUUUACUUCUUAUAAGAGGCAGUAGUAUGCAAUAAAGUUGUUAGCAUGAGCAAUUAAGAGGAUAUAAAGAGGUUACAGUUACUAAAGAAGUACUACCAUAUUUUUAAGUUAAUAGCUUAAACUUUCCCAAAUGGGUUUAAAGUUGAAUUGACACCUAGAUGUUACGAUGCUAGAAUUUUAACUUUUAGUAUUAAGUGUUCUGUGAGCCCUCACUUUACCUUCUUUAGUUACUCUCCUUGCUAAACUCAACGCACUGAUCUCCGUUGUGUGUGUUUGGGGAGGGUAGGGUGGGAAAAAUCAGGGAGAUAAGCUAAAAUUGUUUUGUUUUGUUUUUAAUCUGUAUAAUCUCUCAGUUUCCUGUGAAGUUUGUGUUUAUGCAGGGCAGCAGGGGAGACAAGGGGAAUCAUGAGUUACAAAUACAGGAAAGAUUGUUUCUGUCCCCUUGGUUCUAACACGUAGUAAAGAAAGCCUUGCCAUUUCUACUAGUAUACAUGCACAUGGGAAAUAAGCUGUUCUUUGGAGUGAAAUAUUUUUUAUACUAAUUAGAGAUGAAAUUGAGCUUUAUUCCAAAAAGUGAAGUCUUAAAGCCUGAUAAUUGGAGAGUUGUACUCUUGAUUUUUGACCCUAUAUUAGUGAUACUAAGUCCAGACAGGAACCUCUGCUCCGGAGUCGCCAGGUAAUUAUUGAUGGGAUAAAACCACUCUCCAUACAUUUUUUCCUUUACUCUCCCUUGGUUUCUGUGUAUCUUUCCUAAUCUCAAGCAUUUCUUCUUUUUUUGACCUAUAAUUUAAGCUAAUUCAUUAGCAACAAUAAAUAAAAUAGCAUAUUUGUCCUUGUCCUGAGGCCUGAGAGGCCUUUAGGUAGGAAUAGGAUAAAAGAGGAAUGAAAGAGGACCAGCCAGUUGCCGUAUGUGCAUAAAGGAGAGGUCAAGAGGGGGUAAACUAAGGCUGAGGAAACUUCUCUAAUACUUUCUUCACCUCUCUAACAUAUCUUUUGUGUUCCUGUCCUUAUAAAUUGUGCUAUUAGGAGGAAGACACAAGUUACUGUAUUGUGUAUUAAAAGUAGGUAGGUAGAACCAAUAUAUUUUUCAACUAGUAAGUGUAUAUGUUUAGUCUAUAUAAUUAAAAAUUGGUAUAAGAUAGUCAUUAAAAAUACCUGAAUAUUAUGUUAAAAGUACACAAUCAUUGUUUCUGUAAUGGUGAUGGGUAUUCUGCAUCUUGUUUUGCUUUGUGAUUAUAGAGGAAAAUACUGUUUUUAAAAAUGUAUAUUGCAACAGUUUUGGGGUAAACAGCAGUCUGAAAAAAAGCAUCACGUUAUUGUAUGAAAUAUGAGUGUUUGAACUUGUUUUGUUCUGGGGAUAGCUCCUGAAAAUACCCUAAAGCUAUGGCUGUUACAGCUAAAUUGAUGGGGUUUGUUUGUUUUGUUUGUUUGUUUAGUACUAGCCGUAUAUUAUUAGUGAUUACUUUUUAUUUGGCAUUAAAUUAAGAAAUAAUGAUACAGGUUUUCAGUAAGAAAAGAUAAAAUUUGGGACACGUGAAAGGAUAGUGAGGAGGGAAUGGAAAUCAGGUAGUUAUGAAACUCUACAACCUGACAUUUUUAUAAUUGUUUUGAAAAUACAUUAUCAAAUCAUUUCUAAAUAAGGCAAUUUAUGCAUUGUGCCAAAUAUUUGCAACAUAUAAAAAAUGAAUUGUGAUACUAUGUCUUUUAAUGUAAUUUGCAAUUUUCUAUAUUAUAAAUGCUACAAGGAGUCUAGAUCAUGGAUGUUAUCUCCAAAUAGAAUUUACCCUUAUAAUUACCACUUACAUUAUCUCCAGAAGUGGUUUGAUCUGUGCCUUUAACUUUUGAAAUUCAUCUUUUGACUUCUGUUUGCCAUUAUAGUUUUCUUUAUAGAUGCAGUUUGGCAGAGAGGGACUACAUACUGUGACUAUUGAAGAUGUUGAGUUCUUCUAUGAAAGGGUAUAGAUGGUUGCAACCAGCAGGAGCCUUAUAAUAAUGUCUGGAGAUACAGAGACUAAGUAGAUCUUUUUUCUUUUCUAAAUUACAAAAUGUGUUACCUAGAUUUUAAUAACUAAAAGCUGGGAUUCAUUGAAUACAUACAUUUACUUGAUUUCAUAAUAGGCGUUGAUUCUAGUAUGUUGCUGUUCUGUAAUUUUCAGUUAACAAAAACAAUAAUAUAUUUGGUGUUGUGGACCAAAGUUUAUGUUAUACAAAUGUUUGACUUUGAUGGCUUUUCCCUUUUCAAAGGAAACAAAUUAGAAUUCUGAGCAAAUUUUUCUAAAUGCAAGCAUUUCAGCAUUAAUCAUAUGUAAUGAAAACAAUUUAGAAUACUCUUAAGAGUUUCCAAUUUCAAGCAACAGUGCUUUGCUUCUAAACAAAUAUCACUUUAAUUUGAUAGACUUUUAGCACUGCUUGUGCUCUCUGGGACUUAGAUACCAUCUCUCUUCUGAGAAGCUGAGUGUGCUUUGAUAUGUUAACCUUGCUGCCACAACUUUUUCUCUGCAGUACAUAAAUGAACAUGGCAAGUUGAUGUUACACAGCACACCCAGUAAGAAUCGUACUCUUAAAGCAUCUUCUCCUCUUCAGAGGCCUGCUCAUACCAAAUGCAUCACAUUAAAGCCAAAAGAUGAACCUGCCUACCUUCAUUCCCAUUGUAUCAGUUCUCACCUUGAUUUUGAUACUUCUGACAACUGUUAUCAGCUCUUCAUUAUCAAAUACUCAAGAAAAAGCUAAAAUGACUUUCUUAAAUUUGAGCCUGUGUAGACCAAUGAGAGAAAGGUGAGGGACAGCAGGGAUAAAAUAUGGUAAUGUUGAAAUAUAGGCAACAGUGGUAUUUGCUAAACUGAAUCUUCGGUAGCAAACUAUUUUAAGGAAUCAUCAUAUGUAGUACUUCCUAGAAAUGUAAAAGUUCUUCACUUUGUAUUUAAUUAUCUGAGAAUAUAUUCUAGGAAAAAGAAUAAAAAGUACUCCCCUCCCAGAUGGAAAAUAUUGCUCUGUAGUAUAUACUCUUCAAUUACCUUUUUGCUGUGCAUUUAUAUACAUAUAUUUACCUAUAGAAAUACAUAGUUUUAUGGGUUUUAAAUUUUUAUAUACAUAAAUUCUGUCUUACUAUG